UAAUUGUCAGUUAUUAUUGUUGAUGUUAGAAGAUGUAUUUGAAAAAAUAAUAUUCAAAAUCGAAGGCAUCAAUUUUUUUUUCUUGUUGUCCUGAUAUUUUUCAUUAUAGCAACCAGGACUGAAGCAAAUUUCCUCAAGGACAGGAACCAAGGAUGAUAAUAUGGAGCAGUACUAGUUAUAAACCCAUUAGGGGAAGACUUCUGCUUCUAGUUAUUAUGGACUAGCUUGUAUCAGAUCAAUGCUCCACAUGAGAACAACUAGAAAAACCUAGAUUUUGUUUUUAAAUGUUUAUUCAUUUUUGAGAGAGAGAGCACGAGUUGCGGGGCGGGGGGGCACGCAGAGAGAGGACAGAGGAUCUGAAGUGAGCUCUGCACUGACAGCAGAGACCCUGAUGCAAGGCUCGAACUGACAACCCGGGAGAUCAUGACCUGAGCUGACGUUGGACUUAAGAUUAACCAACUGAGCUACCAAGGCACCCCUAGAUUUUAUUAAAAGUGAGAAACAUCUAUUUGAAAGCAUUGGAGACAUAUAAGACAGAGUCUAAGGUAUUAGAGAAAAAGGAAAUAAAGAGAGGUGAGCAGCUUAAUAUAUGCAGCUACUUUCUCCCAAGAGACAUUUGAUGAUUCUGAAUAAGUUAAGUACAGAGAAGCUGAGCAGCUGAACAGGACUGUUGGCAGUCUUACAGGGGUAAGGAGACAAAAAUUGGGAUUCAGAGCUUUCCAAAAGGAGGGGACCUGGUAAACAGCCCAGUCUUCAGCUGGGAACCUUGAGGGACUACACCCUGGUAAUAAAGCUAGCCCGAAAAUAGACGAGCACUCACAGAGACUGUAACUCAGAUCUGAAUCAAACCAAUCUCCGAUUAGACUAAGAAGUUAUACUCCUUGCUAACUGCCUGCCAGAAGCAAAGCAAAUCCUCUUCGGAGGAAUAUGACAUCAUCCAGGCUCUCAAAUUAUCGCUACAUUUUUCAUAUGGUAUCUGGCAUUAAACAAAUAGAUGAUAACAAUAACAACAAAACCAGGCAUAACAGGAGCUAGGAACAAAUGACUGAAAACCAAAAGAAAAAAAAUGUAAUUUAAACAGAUAUGUUGAAUAUAUUUUAAGAAUAAUCUAAUAAAAAUUCUAGGAUUGAAAUUAAGAACUCAGAGGAAAGAUUUCAAAGCAGAUUAGACUCAACUGAAGAGAUGAUUCAUGAACUUGAAUAUAGGCUAGAAAAAAAUAUGUGGACUUCACUACAAUUACAGCAGGAUAAAAUUUUUAAGAAAUACCAAAAAGAAAGACUGGGAGAUAUAUGGGGUUCGGUGUAGACAUUUGUGUAAUUAGAGUCCUAGAAGAAAAGGAGAGAGACUGUGUAGCAUAAACAAUAUUUGAAGAGCAAAUAAUCUAAGGACUUAAAAACUGAUAAAAGACAUAGAGGCACAGAUAAAUACAAAGAAAGUUACAACUAGACCCAUCAUUGUAAAAUAGGUAACAAACAACUAAAGACAAAAACUAUAAAUGCAGUUAGUAUAAAAAAAUAAUAAAACACAUUUUGUUCAGGGGCACAAAAUAAGACAGCCAAAUUUUCAAUAAAAACAAUGGAAGCCAAAAAAUAAUGAAAUGAUAUCUUUAAAAGGCCAAAAAAAAAAGGAUGUGGCUGGAGUUUGAGGAGCACAGGGCCAGCGAUGCUGCAGACAUGAGACCUAAAGCAGCCUAGAGGCGGUGAAAAAUAGCCCUGAACGCCUGCAAUAAAAAAUGGCCUCUAAUACAACUACAUUGCAAAAAGUGGGAAAGAAACAGAAAGGAAAGAGUAAAGUAGAAGAGGCAGAGCUGGAAGAAUUUGUGGUGGAGAAAGUAGUAAAUGGGAAGAUAGAGUAUUUCCUGAAGUGGAAGGGAUUUACAGAUGUUGACAAUACUUGGGAGCUUGAAGAAACUUUAGAUCGUCCAGAGUUAAUUGAAGCAUUUCCUAAUUCUCAAAAAGCUGGUAAAGAAAAAGACGGUACAAAAAAAGACUCUUUAUCCGACAGUGAAUCUGAUGAUGGCAAAUCCAAGAAGAAAAGAGAUGCUGCUGAUAAACCAACAGGCUUUGCCAGAGGUCUUGAUCCUGAACAAAUAAUUGGUGCUGCAGACAGCAGUGGAGAAUUCACAUUUCUCAUGAAAUGGAAAAGUUCAGAAGAGGCAGAGUCGGCAUUGGCAAAGGAGGCAACUAUGAAGUGUCUCAAAUUAUAAUUGCGUGUUCUUUAUUUUAAAGUUCAUUUCUUUUGAGACAGAGAGAGAGAGAACGAGUGGGGGAAGAGCAGAGAGGGAAUCCCAAGCAGGCCCCUCACUAUCAGUGCAGAGCCCAACGCAGGGCUUGAUCUCACGAACUGUGGGAUCAUGACCCAAGUCAAAAUCAAGAGUCCACGCUUAACCGACUGAGCCACCCAGGCACCCCAAAUUGUAAUUCUUUUUUAUGAAGAGAGAUUAACUUGUCAUUCUUGUCUAGAAGAUGAAGCUCAAUGAUAUAUCAUUUGGGGGAGUUGUUAGGGAUUUUUUGCAUCUCUAGCACUGGUUACUUUGAAUAAAUAAAAGCUUUCUAUAGUUGCUUCCUUUAUCAAAAAAGAAUAUUUGAGACCAUGGUAUAUUAUUCCCCUGCAUUAGAGAGCACCUUUUCUUAAUGCUGGGGGAAAUCUUCAUAGUUGGUACUCAACCAGAAUUUGUGUUUAAUUCCUACAUGCCUAAGGACCAUUCUGGGCUUUUUGUUUAUUUGGGU